GCAGUGAACGUCGUCACUUCACGAGGCUACAAGGAAGUAAUUUUUUUUCUCCUGCUUUUUAUAUAUAUUUAGGACGGAGUAAUAAUAAACAUAGAGUACAAGAAACGGACCGGAGCAGACCUCACUUCGAAAGCUUUUGGAGUGGCACAUAACUGGGGAAAGGAAUGGCAGGCGUGCUUUUGGCAGUGGCUUUGACAAUCGCAGUUCUUGUAGGUUGUGCAGAUGGCCAUGCUCACGCGAGGCACACACGGAGCUUGAUAAACUUGGCGGAGCUCAUCAAGUGUGUCACUGGGAAACACGCGUGCGACUACAAUGCUUAUGGAAACUGGUGUGGCAUAGGAGGGAGCGGAACUCCGGUGGACGAAAUUGACGGGUGCUGCCAGCGUCAUGACUGGUGCUACGACAGACUAAUAGCUAAUAGCUGUUGGCCUCGGUGGACCCCCUAUAACUACACGUGUAAGGACACCCUGGUCAACUGUGGUAACGAUGACGGAAGUUGCCAGGCGCAGAUGUGUGCAUGUGACAAGGAAGUGGUGGAGUGUUUCGCAAGGGGCACAUAUAAUCCUGCGAACAAAAAGAAAAAUUUGUUUUGCUAGACAAAGCACGGAAUGGAGGGAAAAUCCCAGCAAGAAGACUGGAAAAACCCAGUACAAUGCCACCUUAAGUAAAACCCAACGCAGUGGCAAUUUCAACGUUUUUUAAAAUCAGGCUUGACUUUGUUUGCUUUAGAUUUGCUGUACUGUGAAACGCUGAGAAAGAACGUUCCAUUUUUCUUCGCAACCAGUUAAACCUGAAUCAGGAACAUUAAUGAUUUAAAACAAUAUUUCUGCUGCAGAUCUACGUUGGCGUGAUUGUUUUUGAAUUCCAUUGAUUCAAACUGAAUAUUAUUUCACAAUAUAUGUUUUUGUUCAAAAUCAUGUCAGUGAUUUUACAUUUCGAAAACAUCUAGGAAAUAAUUAGAAUUGUUUAAGCUUAUCCGUAAUAAGAAAGUAAUUAAAUAUCUGAACGAUUUAAAAUAUGUCAUUACAUCUGGUUAUGGUUGCUAAUCUUCCAAACACCGAAUUCAAUAACAUCCCAUCAAACAGACUCAUACUACACACAUCAUUCAGUACAACCUCAUUGCCUGUAAUCAAGCACUGUGGAUGCGAGGGUUGGUGAAUCACACAAAUGUUGUAAACCGCCCUUCCUAUAUGGGCAUGGAGGUGCCAUACCUUGACUUUGCCAGGCGAAAGGUGAUGCAGCAAAAGGUGGACACAUAUCACAUCUGGUCCCUUCUUUGUGAGAUACAGCGUUGCCCCCUUGCACAUGUGCUUUCCUCUGGGUCCUACGGUUUCCUACUACAUGUAAACACUCGUUGCUUUGCUGAAAGUAUCUUCAUCGUUGGCGUAUGGCUGCUGCCUUCUUGCUUUUCUGUCUGUGGUUCCUCCCCGCACCUCUGGUCGAGAGUGAAUGAAUAAAAAUUUAAUGUAUUAUUAGUAUUACUGUUAUUGCUUUAAUAAAGGUAUGAAACAUCAA